AGUGGGGAGGAGAGCAGCAGGGGUGUGGUUAACAACUCAGAGGAGGAGGGGGAAACUCUAACCUGUCAGCCCUUUUACUCAGCCACAGCCUCCGGAGCCGAGCCGGAGCCGCUGCACACCUACCUGCCCGGCCGAACUCACCUGUAGUUGCCGCAGCCCCGGCUCACCUGGUGGGGCCGAGGAGCAGUCACUGCCAGAGUCCGCGCCUCCCUGGGACUGCGAUGCACCGGUCUUAGCUGCUGUCUGAGAGGAUGUCUGGGGUGUCCGAGCCCCUGAGUCGAGUAAAAUUGGGCACAUUACGCCGGCCCGAAGGCCCCGCAGAGCCCAUGGUGGUGGUACCAGUAGAUGUGGAAAAGGAAGACGUGCGUAUCCUCAAGGUCUGCUUCUAUAGCAACAGCUUCAAUCCCGGGAAGAAUUUCAAACUGGUCAAAUGCACUGUCCAGACGGAGAUCCGGGAGAUCAUCACCUCCAUCCUGCUGAGUGGGCGGAUUGGCCCCAACAUCCAGUUGGCUGAGUGCUAUGGGCUGAGGCUAAAGCACAUGAAGUCAUGCAGGUAUGACCUUCAAAUCCGCUACUUGCCGGAAGACUUCAUGGAGAGCCUGAAGGAGGACAGGACCACACUGCUUUAUUUUUACCAACAGCUCCGGAAUGACUACAUGCAACGCUAUGCCAGCAAGGUCAGUGAAGGCAUGGCCUUGCAGCUGGGCUGCCUGGAGCUCAGGCGGUUCUUCAAGGAUAUGCCCCACAAUGCCCUUGACAAGAAGUCCAACUUUGAGCUCCUGGAAAAAGAAGUGGGGCUGGACUUGUUUUUCCCAAAACAGAUGCAGGAGAACUUAAAGCCCAAACAGUUCCGGAAGAUGAUCCAGCAGACCUUCCAGCAGUAUGCCUCGCUCCGGGAGGAGGAGUGUGUCAUGAAGUUCUUCAACACCCUCGCAGGCUUCGCCAACAUUGACCAGGAGACCUACCGCUGUGAACUCAUUCAAGGAUGGAACAUUACUGUGGACCUGGUCAUUGGCCCUAAAGGCAUCCGCCAGCUGACCAGCCAGGAUGCAAAGCCCACUUGCCUGGCCGAGUUCAAGCAGAUUAAGUCCAUCAGGUGCCUCCCGCUGGAAGACGGCCAGGCGGUGCUGCAGCUGGGCAUUGAAGGUGCCCCCCAGGCCUUGUCCAUCAAAACCUCGUCCCUGGCAGAGGCUGAGAACAUGGCUGACCUCAUAGACGGCUACUGCCGGCUGCAGGGGGAGCACCAAGGCUCUCUCAUCGUCCACCCUAGGAAAGAUGGCGAGAAGCGGAAUAGCCUGCCCCAGAUCCCCAUGCUAAACCUGGAAGCCCGCCGGUCCCACCUCUCAGAGAGCUGCAGCAUAGAGUCCGACAUCUAUGCAGAGAUUCCCGACGAAACCCUGCGAAGGACCGGAGGUCCACAGUAUGGCAUUGUCCGUGAAGAUGUCGUCCUGAAUCGUAUUCUUGGGGAAGGCUUUUUUGGGGAGGUCUAUGAAGGUGUCUACACGAAUCACAAAGGGGAGAAUAUCAACGUAGCUGUCAAGACCUGCAAGAAAGACUGCACUCUGGACAACAAGGAGAAGUUUAUGAGUGAGGCAGUGAUCAUGAAGAACCUGGACCACCCACACAUCGUGAAGCUGAUAGGCAUCAUUGAAGAGGAGCCCACCUGGAUCAUCAUGGAAUUGUAUCCCUAUGGGGAGCUGGGCCACUACCUAGAGCGGAACAAGAACUCCCUGAAGGUGCUCACCCUUGUGCUAUACUCGCUGCAGAUAUGCAAAGCCAUGGCCUACCUGGAGAGCAUCAACUGUGUGCACAGGGACAUUGCUGUCCGGAACAUCCUGGUGGCCUCCCCCGAGUGUGUGAAGCUGGGGGACUUCGGCCUUUCUCGGUACAUUGAGGAUGAGGACUAUUACAAAGCCUCUGUGACUCGCCUCCCCAUCAAAUGGAUGUCCCCAGAGUCCAUUAACUUCCGACGCUUCACUACAGCCAGUGACGUCUGGAUGUUUGCCGUGUGCAUGUGGGAGAUCCUGAGCUUUGGGAAGCAGCCCUUCUUCUGGCUGGAGAACAAGGACGUCAUCGGAGUGCUGGAGAAAGGGGACCGGCUGCCCAAGCCCGACCUCUGUCCACCGAUCCUUUAUACCCUCAUGACCCGCUGCUGGGACUACGACCCCAGCGACCGGCCCCGCUUCACCGAGCUGGUGUGCAGCCUCAGUGACAUUUAUCAGAUGGAGAAGGACAUGGCAAUGGAGCAAGAGAGGAAUGCUCGCUACCGAACCCCCAAAAUCUUGGAGCCCACAGCCUUCCAGGAACCCCCACCCAAGCCCAGCCGGCCUAAGUACAGACCCCCUCCACAAACCAACCUCCUGGCUCCGAAGCUGCAGUUCCAGGUCCCCGAGGGUCUGUGUGCCAGCUCUCCUACGCUCACCAGCCCCAUGGAGUAUCCAUCUCCCGUUAACUCACUGCACACCCCACCUCUCCACCGGCACAAUGUCUUCAAACGCCACAGCAUGCGGGAGGAGGACUUCAUCCGACCCAGCAGCCGAGAAGAGGCCCAGCAGCUGUGGGAAGCUGAGAAGAUCAAGAUGCGGCAAAUCCUGGACAAGCAGCAGAAGCAGAUGGUGGAGGACUACCAGUGGCUCAGGCAGGAGGAGAAGUCCCUGGACCCCAUGGUUUAUAUGAAUGAUAAGUCUCCAUUGACUCCAGAGAAGGAGGUCGGCUACAUGGAGUUCACGGGGCCCCCACAGAAGCCCCCAAGGCUGGGCGCACAGUCCAUCCAGCCCACAGCUAACCUGGACCGGACCGACGACCUGGUGUACCUCAAUGUCAUGGCGCUGGUGCGGGCCGUGCUGGACCUCAAGAAUGAGCUCUGUCAGCUGCCCCCCGAGGGCUAUGUGGUGGUGGUGAAGAACGUGGGGCUGACCCUGCGGAAGCUCAUCGGGAGCGUGGACGAUCUCCUGCCCUCCUUGCCGUCAUCUUCACGGACAGAGAUCGAGGGCACCCAGAAACUGCUCAACAAAGACCUGGCGGAGCUCAUUAACAAGAUGCGGCUGGCACAGCAGAACGCCGUGACCUCCUUGAGUGAGGAGUGCAAGAGGCAGAUGCUGACAGCCUCACACACCCUGGCCGUGGACGCCAAGAACCUGCUCGAUGCCGUCGACCAGGCCAAGGUUCUGGCCAAUCUGGCCCACCCGCCUGCAGAGUGACGGAGGGUGGGAGCCACCUGCCUGCGUCUUCCGCCCCUGCCUGCCAUGUACCUCCCCUGCCUUGCUGUUGGUCAUGUGGGUCUUCCAGGGGGAAGGCCAAGGGAGUCACUUUCCCUUACCAGUUUGCACGACCCCCUCUCCCUACCCCUAUCCCAGGCUGUACUGCUCAGGCAGCAGCUGGACAGCGGGGACUCUGGGCUAUGGACACAGGGUGAGGGUGACACAGAUGGCUUGGAGGGGGCACUGCUGCUGCCUGGCCACUCCUUCCUACCCCACCCAGUCCAUGCAGGCGGGUCAUGGGGGCGGGAGGGUCACGUGGUGCCCCUAGCUUUAUAUAUGGACAUGGCAGGUCAAUUUGGGAACCAAGCUAUUCCUUUCCCUUCCUCUUCGGCCCUCAGAUGUCCCCUGAUGCACAGAGAAGCUGGGGAGGAGCUUUGUUUUGGGGGUCAGGCAGCCAGUGAGAUGAGGGAUGGGCCUGCGGUUCUUGUACAGUGUAUAUUGGAAUUUAUUUAAUGUGAGUUUGGUCUGGACUGACAGCAUGUGCCCUCCUGAGAGAGGACCUGGGACAUAGACCAGGAACAAGUAAUUGGGAGUCUGGGCAUGGGACGCUGUGUUGUCAAACCAAGCAUCAGGGGGAAGGAGCAGAGAGAUGGGCCAGGACAGGACCUUGGACCAAAUCCACUCUCUUCCUGUCCCUUUCUCUUUGUCCCUUUACUCUCCCUUUCUUUCCCUUUUCCCUCUUUUCUUACUCCUCCUCUUUUUUCUCCCUCCCGCCCCUAAUCUCAUCUGCACCCUUCUUUUCUCGCGUGUUUGCAUAAACAUUCUUUUAACUUCUUUCUAUUUGACUUGUGGUUGAAUUAAAAUUGUCCCAUUUGCUUUGC